CUCGCAGGUUUUACAUUAUUAGACGCCUAUACAGAAGCGUGUACCUAUUCGUUAAUGGGGAGUCGUCAUCUGGUUAGGUAGACAUCGAAGUGUUUUUGUGGCACGUCUGUGUCAGUGUUUGCUGGAUAAAGACCGACGGCAUUCAUGCACUGACAGAUAUUUAAGUUACCGUAAAGCUGUUUGCGUGUCGCUGGAAGAAGGGACGAUGUCGGCAAAUAAAACAAAGAAGGUCAAAAUGGCUACUAAAUCUUGUCCUGAAUGCGACCAACAGAUUCCAGUGGCGUGCAAGUCCUGCCCAUGUGGUUAUGUGUUUAUUAGCAGGAAACUCCUUAAUGCAAAGUUAAAUGAGCGCUCUUCCCCAGCCAUAGCAGACAAGCUGGACUUUAGGCGGAGGAGGACUGAGCGCAUUCGCAGAGAGAGAAUUGAGUGCCCUCUAACCAAUGACAUGGAGAACAGGAGGAGACCCAGGGCUAACAGCCAAUCAGAUCCCAUACGAAGAGGACGAGGCAGACCAAAAACAGUGGGGCUGAAGAAACAGGAAGAGGAGAAAGAGAAACAGGAGAAGGAGGUGGAUAUAUAUGCGAGUCUCUCUGAUGAGAAGGCCUUCGUGUUUUCUGUGGCAUUGGCUGAGAUCAACCGCAAGAUCCUGGCACAGAGACUUAUCUUGUGAAUCAAAUCCAGAGUAACUGAGAAAACGGAUGACCAAAGAGACAAGAGACCUCUCUGGAGCUGAACCUGGCUGUAUUUCACUUGGAUUACGAGACAAAAUUCAUGAAACUGCAAAGUCUUAUCUCGUCAGGGCGAGAAGGGUUUGUGUUGGAAUAUCAGUUGUAACAACCAUGGAUCAGAAGAAUUUUCCAUGAAAUCAAAGAGAGGAAGAGCUUAUAGAAAUAUGUUAUCGUAUUCAAAAUAAAUGGACUGUUAUGAAAUGAUCUUUACUGGAAUGACCAUGAAAAGACAAUACAUUUGCAUACACGAGAUUUAAAACAAACUGUCAGUAAUUAGUGCUUUGCACAGUGCUCACCAUAUUUUAUAUAAUUUUAGGAAUCUUCUGUAGCCAUGAGUUUCACAAUGCCUACAAUGUGGAUGGACUAAAAAUUGCAGUCACCUCACCCCAGUGUUCAGCUCUCCUGGAAUCGUCCAGGAAGGUGGAUGUUUCUGAGGCAGAGACGUAGCACUAAUGUUGCUUUUCAAAUUUGUCCAACUUUGAUUCCUUCUGUUCUUUUUGAUUGCUAUUGGUGGAAUGGCUUUUGAUGUCCACAGUGAAGCAUGAAUCUGUUUGAUUACUUUAUAAAAAUGUAUUAAAGACAGUCAACCCAAACAUUUGACAUGUAGUUGGGACUCAAAUGUGCUUAUUUAUCUUUUCUAACUUUUGGUUAUAACUGCUGAUCCCAUUUCAUAUGUCAAACUUUGGCUUGCAGCGCAGUUGCUUAUAUCUGUAUUUGGUAGAAUAGCAAAGAUGGUUGUAGAAGUAGAACUUCCAGUGGGAAAAUGUUCUUUAAAUCUUAUUUUGGCACUAGGUCGAGUGAGUUUAGAUAAUACCUAAACCUAAGAGGCCUAAUAAGUGUCCAAAGGCAUUUCUUAACAUGGAUUACAAACAGUUCCUGUAUACAUGGGUUAUUUUGAGAAAAUACUGAAACAAAGCAGUUAGAGCGCUCCCUUAGCCAAUUCAGUUCAAUCUGUCUUGUUUUCUGGGAUAAGGUCCACAUGUUUCAUUUUAGGAAUGUUGUGUGUGUACAGUAGGAGAGUAGAUUUGAAAUGAAACAGUCAGCUUUUAUUCAAGGAUUAAAUAAGAAUAUAGAAACAAAAUGAUUUUGUAACAAAUUGAGGAGAUUGAUUCAAACACCAAAAUCAAGUGGACAGCACAGUGCAUAGCUGUGCAAUUAAUCAUACCACAACAGCGUCCAUAGGGUUUCUUCAGCCACUCAGAGUUAAUCAGGUGACCAUAACCCAGUUAACGAUGCUUUUAUUAAUCUCUGGCUCUCUUCCACAGCAUGUCUUUUAUCCUGUCCUCCUAUUCUCACCCUAACUGGUCGUGGCAGAUGGCCGCCCCUCCCUGAGGCAGGUUCUGCAGUAGGUUUCUUCCUGUUACAAGGGAGUUUUUCCUUCCCACUGUCAAAGUGCUUGCUCAUAGGGGGUCAUGUGAUUGUUGGGUUUUUCUCUGUAUGUAUUAGUGUAGCGUCUACCUUACAAUAUAAAGCGCCUUAAGGCUACUGUUGUUGUGAUUUGGCGCUGUAUAAAUAAAACUGAAUUUUCACGAAAACAAAACCGAGGACUGAGAUUAACAAACAGCAGAAAAACAAAAGAAAACCCGGCAUUUAGGGAACUUCCUGACUUCAAGCAUUUUCAUACAAUGCCAAGGAUUUGUAUCCAGUUACAUUUAAAACAACAUCAUUACUUUUGUUUCAUUAUGUCCCUUAAAAGAUGGAGAAACGGUACACCUCAAAGCUCUAACAAUAAAAUGUUUGCAUGUUAUGAUUGAGUAUUGUAGGAUUAGAUUGCCUAUACGUAACUUUGCUUUUUCACUUUUUGUAAGCAAGUAGUAGUACCAGUAUUAUGUACUAGAGUAAACUAUCAUGCAGUGACUACAGAAAACCUGUGAAAUCAACAAGGGUGAUGUCAUGAUGGCUUCUUCCAACUAUGUCCUUUUUCUACUGCAUGUCAACUUCCAUUGAAACUGGUUAUGAUAUGUGUCAUCCUGUUCCACAGAUGAGAUGGAAUAAAGUCUCAGGUCUGUAAGUA